AUGGUGAUUGGAGCCAUUCCUUUUCUUGCACUAACAAUCUUAGUGCAAUACAUUUGUGGUAUACAUGGAGUGAGGGUGCCUUCAACUAUUCUCAAGGGAGGAGUGACUCAUAGAUCUAUGCUACAAAUUUUAAGAGAAGCUCCUAGUGGCCAAGAUCUCAUUUACCAUGGAGACAGAGCAAUGCAGCAAGUUCAAGAUGGUGAGUCAUACAAAAUCAUGCGAGGAGCUCCUAGCGGCCCAGAUCCCAUUCACCAUGAAGAUAAUCUGAAUCUCAUUUACCAUGGAGAUGGAGCAAUACAUCAAGUUCAAGAUGGUGAGUCAUACAAAAUCAUGCGAGGAGCUCCUAGCGGCCCAGAUCCCAUUCACCAUGAAGAUAGUCCGAAUCUCAUUUACCAUGGAGACGGAGCAAUGCAGCAAGUUCAAGAUGGUGAGUCAUAUAAAAUCAUGCGAGGAGCUCCUAGCGGCCCAGAUCCCAUUCACCAUGAAGAUAGUUCGAAUCUCAUUUACCAUGGAGACGGAGCAAUACAACAAGUUCAAGAUGGUGAGUCAUACAAAAUCAUGCGAGGAGCUCCUAGCGGCCCAGAUCCCAUUCACCAUGAAGAUAGUCUGAAUCUCAUUUACCAUGGAGACAGAGCUGCAAUGCAGCAAGUUCAAGAUGGUGAGUCAUACAAAAUCAUGCGAGCAGCACCUAGCGGCCCAGAUCACAUUCACCAUGAAGAUAGUCCGAAUCUCAUUUACCAUGGAGACGGAGCAAUACAACAAGUUCAAGAUGGUGAGUCAUACAAAAUCAUGCGAGCAGCUCCUAGCGGCCCAGAUCCCAUUCACCAUGGAGAUAGCCCGCCUUCCAUUUACAAUGGAAAUGGAGUAAUGCAACAAGUUCCAGAUGGUGAGUCAUACAAAAUCAUGCGCACAGCUCCUAGCGGCCCAGAUCCCAUUCACCAUGAAGAUAGUCCGAAUCACAUUUACCAUGGAGACGGAGCAAUACAGCAACUUCAAGAUGGUGAGUCAUACAAAAUAAUGCGUGGAGCCCCUAGCGGCCCAGAUCCCAUUCACCACGAAGAUAGUCCGAAUCUCAUUUACCAUGGAGACGGAGCAAUACAGCAAGUUCAAGAUGGUGAGUCAUACAAAAUCAUGCGAGGAGCUCCUAGCGGCCCAGAUCCCAUUCACCAUGAAGAUAGUCUGAAUCUCAUUUACCAUGGAGACAGAGCAAUGCAGCAAGUUCAAGAUGGUGAGUCAUACAAAAUCAUGCGAGCAGCUCCUAGCGGCCCAGAUCCCAUUCACCAUGAAGAUAGUCCGAAUCUCAUUUACCAUGGAGACGGAGCAAUACAGCAAGUUCAAGAUGGUGAGUCAUACAAAAUCAUGCGAGCAGCUCCUAGCGGCCCAGAUCCCAUUCACCAUGGAGAUAGCCCGCCUUCCAUUUACAAUGGAAAUGGAGUAAUGCAACAAGUUCAAGAUGGUGAGUCAUACAAAAUCAUGCGCACAGCUCCUAGCGGCCCAGAUCCCAUUCACCAUGAAGAUAGUCCGAAUCUCAUUUACCAUGGAGACGGAGCAAUACAGCAACUUCAAGAUGGUGAGUCAUACAAAAUCAUGCGAGGAGCCCCUAGCGGCCCAGAUCCCAUUCACCACGAAGAUAGUCCGAAUCUCAUUUACCAUGGAGACGGAGCAAUACAGCAAGUUCAAGAUGGUGAGUCAUACAAAAUCAUGCGAGCAGCUCCUAGCGGCCCAGAUCCCAUUCACCAUGAAGAUAGUCCGAAUCUCAUUUACCAUGGAGACGGAGCAAUACAGCAAGUUCAAGAUGGUGAGUCAUACAAAAUCAUGCGAGCAGCUCCUAGCGGCCCAGAUCCCAUUCACCAUGAAGAUAGUCCGAAUCUCAUUUACCAUGGAGACGGAGCAAUACAGCAAGUUCAAGAUGGUGAGUCAUACAAAAUCAUGCGAGCAGCUCCUAGCGGCCCAGAUCCCAUUCACCAUGGAGAUAGCCCGCCUUCCAUUUACAAUGGAAAUGGAGUAAUGCAACAAGUUCAAGAUGGUGAGUCAUACAAAAUCAUGCGCACAGCUCCUAGCGGCCCAGAUCCCAUUCACCAUGAAGAUAGUCCGAAUCUCAUUUACCAUGGAGACGGAGCAAUACAGCAACUUCAAGAUGGUGAGUCAUACAAAAUCAUGCGAGCAGCUCCUAGCGGCCCAGAUCCCAUUCACCAUGGAGAUAGCCCGGCUUCCAUUUACAAUGGAAAUGGAGUAAUGCAACAAGUUCAAGAUGGUGAGUCAUACAAAAUCAUGCGCACAGCUCCUAGCGGCCCAGAUCCCAUUCACCAUGAAGAUAGUCCGAAUCUCAUUUACCAUGGAGACGGAGCAAUACAACAACUUCAAGAUGGUGAGUCAUACAAAAUCAUGCGAGGAGCCCCUAGCGGCCCAGAUCCCAUUCACCAUGAAGAUAGUCCGAAUCUCAUUUACUAUGGAGACGGAGCAAUGCUGCAAGUUCAAGAUGGUGAGUCAUACAAAAUCAUGCGAGCAGCUCCUAGCGGCCCAGAUCCCAUUCACCAUGAAGAUAGUCCAAAUCUCAUUUACCAUGGAGACGGAGCAAUACAGCAAGUUCAAGAUUGUGAGUCAUACAAAAUCAUGCGAGCAGCUCCUAGCGGCCCAGAUCCCAUUCACCAUGGAGAUAGCCCGCCUUCCAUUUUCCAUGGAAAUGGAGUAAUGCAACAUGUUCAAGAUGGUGAGUCAUACAAAAUCAUGCGCACAGCUCCUAGCGGCCCAGAUCCCAUUCACCAUGGAGACAACCCGCCUUCCAUUUACCAUGGAAAUAGAGUAAUGCAACAAAUUCAAGAUGAUGAGUCAUAUAAAAUCAUGCGAAAAGUUCCGACGAACUCUGAUCCCAUCCACAAGUGA